UUUUCCUAAAAUGGAGGCGAAGUGACCCGUAGAGUUUCCGGUUAACCCGGAAGUGACUCUGGUUGUCUCCUUUUCUUUCCAACAUGGCGGUCAAUCUUACUGAAUUGUCUCUCCCGCAGCUGGAAGGAUUAAAGUCUCAGCUUGAUCAGGAGACGGAGUUUCUGUCGUCGUCUAUAGCUCAGUUAAAAGUGGUCCAGACUAAAUACGUGGAAGCGAAGGACAGCCUGAACGUCCUCAAAAAGAGUAAUGAAGGAAAGGAGUUACUCGUCCCUCUGACCAGCUCGAUGUACGUCCCCGGAACCCUGAAUGACGUGGAGCACGUGCUGAUCAACGUGGGAACGGGUUACUUCGUGGAGAAGAACGUGGAGGACGGUAAAGAUUUCUUUAAGCGUAAAAUCGACUUCCUGACGAAACAGAUUGAGAAAAUUCAGCCGACUCUACAGGAGAAAUACGCCAUGAAGCAAGCCGUGGUGGAGGUCAUGAACAUGAAGCUCCAGCAGCUGCACAGCCAGCAAUCAUCACAAUCAGGAACCACCAAGGCUUAGAACAUCCACACACACACACACCACACACACACACACACACACACACUCACACACACACACACUCAUACACACACACACUCAUACACACACUCUCUCUCUGGUCUGUGUGUAGUUAUAAGGUGUCUCUCUCUCUCUGCACUGAGCUGUAUAUAAUAAACGCUGGUUCAGGAAUCCUGUGUGUUUAUGAACAUCAUUACAGCCAAUAAACUCUUCUGUCACUUCA